GCUGACUGACCCUUGUCUCUGAUCCGCGACUUCCCUUCGCGUUGUUGGCUGCUGUAUUCAGGCGCAUUCCCAGAUUCGCCCACGUCAACUCCGUUUCCCUGUCCCACAGACAUCGUGGAUGGAGCUUGGAUAGGGGCACACAUGCAGUCGCGGCCGCUCCAUUCACCUCACAGCGCCCAAAACAAACGCGCUCAGCUUUCUGCGGGCCCAUUCGACCCAACGCCAAUCAGAUCAGCGCCCUGCUAGGACCCUCCACCAUGGACUUCCUCUCUCCCAAGCGUCGUAGUCUGAUUUACGGGUACGACAGCGACGAAGAUGAGGAUAUGGCUCGCCUCGAAGACACGUACCGGCAGAGCCGCAUCCAAGCUGGACCCGAGGUAGAGGAGUUUGGAAGAUGGCUGGACGAGUGCGGCCUGACCCACGCGACACCCGACCAGAAACGCGAGCGCAUACUCAAACUUGUCGCCCGCUACAAUGACUACACACAAGAAAAGGCGUCUGUGCUGGCUGAGCGACGGCGGCUGGAAAAGCUGGCCAGAAGCCGGGGAUGGGACCCCAACCAGUCCAGCGACGACGCCAACGACUUGGAAAUGGACGAGGCAGAUGGCCCCGAACGCGUCGACGACGUCGACGAGGCCGCCAAAUGGUCGUCAGAGGCACAUACCUGGGGGCUCUUGUCCCGCCUACUACCACUGCGACACCCAGACCCUACGGCCAAGCCACCCAGAUCGAACCCCGCUCCGCAAUCACGCAAGGAAUACUGGGACGAGUUCAUCCUGUCGGACUCGGUGGCUCAGGAACGUAAGGCUGUUCUGGAGUGGCUGCAGUCCACCGCAAGCACCGGCCCGGAUAUCGACGAGCUUGUCCACGAGUUCCAGCAAAAGGCAGACAGGGGGGACCUCGUGGCGCAUGGCUGGCUACACACCCGGGAGGCAAUAAAGCUGCACAAGAGUGUCAACGUUAUUCCCCACGUUCUCGAACCCGGCUCAACUAUGUCCGACUUUUCCUACGUCACCCAGCUGGAUCCGGAUGCCACGACGAGACAGGGCCGGAAGCUGGAGCCACACGAUGGAUAUUUCGAGAGGGCAAUCUGGGUCGGCUGCUACCAUCUCCUGCGGAGGGGAGCUACCUUGGAUGAGAUCCGCGACUGGUGCUUGGAGAGGACAGAGGUGUGGCGGGCGGCAACAAUUUCCGCACUGCCAUUAGCAACACUGGGUGACGAGGACUUGCCGGAUUUCAACCUGCCCUCUUUCAUCCUGUGGAGGCGCAUGUGCUACGCUCUGGUGAAAUCUGGCGGCACAGACGACUGGGAGCGAGCGACCUAUGGCAUACUCUCUGGCGACAUCGAGAGCGUGCUUGCUGUGUGCAAGACUUGGGAUGACUACGUUUUUGCACACUACAACGCGCUUCUCCGGACGCAAUUCGAUUCAUACCUGAUCAAGGAGUGUCGCUCAGGUCUCGCAUCCUCACAGUUCUUGCCCUCCUUUGAUGCUGUACAAUACCUCGGCGAAGGUCCAAACAUUGCCAGAAAGUUGAUCAGCCAACUCGAGUCAGAAGAUUCCCAUUUCAAGCAGAUCAACAAAGAGGCCAACACAGCUGCCAAAGCACUGCAAGGAGCCAUCAUCGCCAACACGCUUGAUUCCUACAUAUACCAACAGGGUCUUGCAUUGUCCGCCGAAGCCAACCAGGAAGGAAAGUCGUACCUGAUCCCAGAUUACGGGUAUGGCUCCUCAGAAGGCAACAUCCUGAAAUACAACAAGAUGUCAGAACACGACGGACUGCGAGUCAUCACACACGUCGUUAUUAUGAUCAACGCCCUAGAGUCUAUCGCUCAGAGAGGCAAGGACUUCCUACCAGGCCGCCGUAUCGUCGGGGAGCAUGCCAUCGCGGCAUACGUCAGCUUCCUGCGCCUCGCACAGCUCGAGCUUUUGAUUCCCCUCUAUUGUGCUCAACUUUCUGAAAGCCGGCAAUACGAGACCUUGAGUCUGAACAUCAUCCACGUGAGGGAUCGAGAGGAACAGCUGGCGCUGCUCAACCAAAUCCGAAGGGUUGGCAUGGAUAUCAAGACGUUCCUUCGGGAACAGCCACAACACUUCCUCAAACAGCUUGAGGAUUCCCAGGAUGGCCCUGCCAGGAGCGAGUUCCGGAUUCUUAAGCAUAGCGCGCCACAACUUCUCGACGGCCGUGGCAUCGUACCGGACUUCAUAGGUGAUGACGGGCGAAACGAGGUAGUGCAUGAGAAUUUGAUCCGAUCCAUGGAGUGGCUGUUUGCUGGCGAGGGUAACCUCCUCGAGGCCUGCGAGUUCGGUGUUAAGAUUUACAAGUAUUUCUUGAAGCACAAACACUUGGGAGCCGCUCGCGACUUUUACGAGAGAGUGAGAGUAGAGGAUCUUGUCCAGGUUUUGGCGAACCGAGAUAUCGCCGGCUCGGUGGAGGACUUCGUCCAAGAUCUCCUGACUAAUGAGCAUGCGCUCCUGGGAGAAGUCCAAGAAGACGAAGUCGAAGAUCUCGGCGUAACUCAGACAAGGCUGGCUUUGGCCAUCAAGAAUAUGUGGGAGCUUCAGAGUUUUGUUAUGGCCCUCGAUGGUAUCGAGACGGUGGGAACCUUGGCACAGCUUGCUCAGGAGCCUGAGACGAGCAACCCGCCCAACAGGGAGUACUUCGAAAAUCUCGGAACGGCCAUUCGCACGGCAAAGACCGGCAUGAAGCCAAUCCUCAAGGGCUGGCUGGUGGAAACAAACACCAAGGACGAAGAUUUCACACAGUUGCGGGAGACAUAUCUUCCAGAGACUAUUAUCGCGUUUGUGGCCGCUCUGCAGUACACCGGCGGUACCCUCACCCGUGACAACAUGCUCGAGGCGAUGGAGCUGGCAGCAACCAUCGCGGGCAAUGACUCAGAUAUCGCCGCCCUGUUGGUGAAGACGGGACGCAUGAAGGAACUUGUCGAAGCGUUCGCGUCGUGCAGCAAGGCGCUGGCGAUUCAAUCUGCCGACCACAAGAAGGGAACACACACGAGCGCCAAGAAGAUGCGCGAGAUGGGAUGGUCGAGGGAGCUGUGGACGGUGAAGCCUCCCUCUUGAGGAUGUGAUAGCAUUGCAUGGCGAGACAAAAAAGGAUCGGCCUGAGGCGGCGCAAAUGUACACUUAUUGAUUUGGCGUUGAGCCACAGGAUAGGGAUGAAGCAAAAGAAUUCAUAAUGAUGAUACCUAGAAA